AACACGCUAACACGGGCGCCAGAGCGAGAUUAAUCGAAUCCCUCACUGACGAGCUACAGACCCCCCAACGAGUAAACAGUGAAGCAUGCGCAUGAUAAAUCUCGCGAGUUUACCAAAACGGGAAACGAGCAAAAGGUAUUGGAUUAGAAGCGUUUAUAAUAUAAUGCAACAACAUUAGUGAGUAUUUGGAAGAAAUAGAGCAGAACCUGGAACAUGAUGCAUGUCGGACAAGCAUUUAGUAGGAAAUAUAUAUUUCAAAGGAAAUUGCAUCCUCCUCGAUUUGGUUUAUGAAACGCACAUUUAUUUAAUCGCCAUUCAUUUUCUGCCGGUUGAAUUCACUCAACUCUUGACUUUUUCUUCUCCUGGCUUUGAUUAACAAAAGCCUCCCUGUCAUAUAGAGCCUACUGGUGGAAAGCUGUGCUGUGGUGUCCUAUUCGUUGUGAGAGACAUGGACAACAGACUGGGUCUGGGUGAUGAAGAGGAGGGAGAUGUGGGGACCCUGUGGCACUCUUUGGACUGGCUGACGUCCUGUGUGAUGGUGGUUGGAGGGGCUCUGCCCUACGCCUCACAGUACCAGCAGAUCCUUCGGACCAAGAACACAGACGGCUUCUCUACACGCGUCUGCCUGGUUCUGCUGGUUGCUAACAUCCUCCGCAUCCUCUUCUGGUUUGGGAAGCAGUUUGAGGUGACUCUGCUCCUGCAGAGUGUGGUGAUGAUUCUCACCAUGCUGGUGAUGCUCAACCUCUGCUGCUCUGUACAGAACACCAACCGUAUCAGCACCAAACAGCACCACAUCACAGGUAACAGCAACCAUAUAGCACCCGUAGAAUAACUAUCUAACAGCCAUCUGACUUCGGCUCCAGGCGUUUGGUUACGUUGAAAGAUGAUAGCAAAGGCUAACAACAUCCUUUUAAAAACCAUAAGACAGCCAUCUAUCACCCAUCUAUCCACCAUUUAAUAACCAUCCAGCCA